AACUGGCAUAUCAUGGACAGGGAGUUGACUGAUAAGGCACUGGUAGGCAGUGAAUGCUGCGCUAAAUGGGAUUACAUGGACUGUGCGCUCGAGUUGACUAACAAGUCGGUCACCAAAUGCUCUGAACGAGAAUCCUUGGAAUUACGGCAAUAUUUCGGGAAUUUGGAGACAUUUCUGGGAAACCACUCGUGCGCGGAGUACACCAAACACAGCCCUAACUGUUUGCUACCUGUGCUGCAAAACAUUGAAAUUACCGAAAGGCAACCCUUACCCGACCCACUGGCUAUUGACUGUCUAAUGAAUAUUAACCCGGAUGCCCGUUACACGUGCAGUUUGGUGGCUCAAAUGAACUGGAACAUUACCAAGAUACAUAAUGCUACAACAAUGCAACUAUGUUGCGCUACCUGGCAGGAUAUUGAUUGUCUGGAUGAGAUAUCUGGCAUCAGGUGUAUUAACAGUGAGCUGGCAGCGUCGGAAAGGUAUUUUAAGCUGAUUGAGGACUGGCUGGAGGAUAACGCCUGUGAGGACUACCCCUACCAUAGCUACGAGUGCUCGCAAUCACGGCCCCACCGAAAGCCCAAAAUAACUACAUUUCCCCUAAUUGUGGCACAAAAUCAAACCAAACGUACAAUAAAUCCCAACCCAGACAUGACAAUUGAGCUAGUUACAUCUACAAAUGAUAAACCCGCGGUACUACCAGUCCCUGGUGACCACCCCCAGCCCAUGCCACGCAAACAGUACCCAGGACAUAUAGAUCAUGAGUUUCAAAUGGAAAUGGCACACCACCAGGGUCACGUGUUGGAGAACAUGAUGGCUAUAUUCCCGUACCUGUUAAUGAUCAUGGUCCUUUUGGCACUGGUAUUGAUCACCAUAAUUGUGAUUCAAUGCGUUAUUAUCCGCAAACAGUUGAGACACGAGAGAUACUUCGCUAAUAUCAAGCACCAGGGUUAUCAUAAGUUGGAUAUUUAA